GGUUAUCGUAUUCGCGUUUGGGUGGAAGUCUAGACGCGGCAAGAUAGAAAAGUAGACUGAUCUUCAAAAAGGCAAACCAGGCACUCAAGGUGGAGUAGCUGCGGCAAAAUAGAAUCAAGAAAAAAUUACAAAACGGUGACGUUAAAUAGAGGAUGCGGUAAGAGACGAGUCAAAGUAAGAAGAACGUUCAUCAACAGUUUUUCUUCGUGAAACUAGCUCUUUGCUUUCUUCAUACUGUAGUUUUAACAAGCUCUUCCUUCACGAUGGGUUGCUGCCUUGCCGUCGCGGAGGUGGCGGAGGACGUCCGCCAAACGGUGUACGAAAUUGCGGAUGCCUUGGGGGUAUCGAAUGCAACAAAUAUGUCUGGGUCGGGGAGAUUGCGAGAUUUGUCGUGCUAGUCUGGCAUGACUCUGCGCUCUGUAUUGCGUGGCCGCAAAGAGCUCCGCUGGCCUGUCAUGCAAAGACGCAGCUUCUCAUGCGGAGUACGCAACUCAGAACCUCCACGGCAAACAAACUUGCCAUGCUUGGCAGCGCAUUGCAGUGUUUUCAUUAUUCCCUUUCUUGCAUCACAAGUUUCCAGACCCCGACAUAUUUGCAUUUGAUAGGGGGACGCUAUGGACGGAAUGUGGAACGAUAUCUUCGUGGAUGACGUGCCGAAGGAGGUCAACGAGACCACCAAAGAAGCGGACGGUAUCCUGAGUAAAAACGUACCCACACCAGAGUUGUAAUGCAGAUUUGCAAAGACAGGAAGACUUGCAAUGCGCAUCCCCAUGAGAGCCAUUUCCAAUCGUGUUUUGGAAUUUGUGAUGCUGUGAACAGGAUGGGCAGAUGAAUCUGUGAUGCGGCUGCACUUGCUAACCUGCACUACACUGCAUAGUGCAACUUGUCAUGCGUGGCUUACAAAACUCCUAGGCUUGUGUUCCAAAAUCCUCAUCCUGACUCUGGUGUGGGUACGUUUUUACUCAGGAUAGACGGCUGGACGAAAAUCCUGGGCGUCUACCUCGCCGGCUACCCCCUUUCGUGCGGGAAGAAGCAGUUUUCGUCGCUGGACGAAGCGAAGGCCGCCGCCCUGGAGUUGGAAGACUGCGGUGGGGUCACGCAGGUUGGUCGUGUAGUGUAGUCCGUUGGAAUUAAGUAGAGCAAAACUGGGGUUAGGGUUGUACUCAUAUUUUGUAUGUAUCACGUGAGCGGGAUUCAUGUUCAUCAGCGUCUUUUUGUCUGCUGAUAAAGAUGAAAAUCUGAACUGUUUUCUCCAAAGGUUGCGGAGGAUGUUUUCGAGCUACGUGCGACGGGCCGGGUGAUGCAGUCUCCCUCCAACGAAACCACGUGGCGCAAGCCCUACAUGCUGGCGAGCGGGGACGGCGACAGCAGCGGCGAGAAGAGUCCGCGGACCGGCGGUCCAUAUCAAAUGUAAAAAUGUCUGGGUCUGGAAGAAUGCAACUUGUCAUGCUAAAUCUGAAGCAUGCAAAAAUCUGUGUUGCAUGAUUACCAAAAGUCGCCCAGUUUUGACCAAGUCGGAAGGGAGUUUCUCAUGCAGGAGAGGCAUGAGAGAGAUCGCGCAGAAUCUGUCAUGCUAGGUCCUGCAUUCCAGGCCUCAUGGGUCAUGGAAAAGCUGCAUAACAAAUCGCGCACUCUUCCAGACCCAGACAUUUUUGCAUUUGAUACUCCGGGGGCGGUGACGAACGAGGACGAAAUCAAGGUCGACGACGAUGAGGAGGUGAAACAGCGGAAGCGCGACGAGCUGGCGGCCAAGCUGGCGGCGGCGAAACAAGCGGCGGAGGAGGCGAAAAAGCGCGAGGCGGAACGGCUCGCGGAGAAGGCGCGGAAGCGCAAGGAGGAGCUGAAGCGGCUCGCGGAGUCGCAGGCGCCCGAGAAGCUGCAGGUGAUGUGCGACUACGGGAACUGCACGGGGGUGUUCGAAAAGGUGGGGGACUUGAACGAGAAAGCGCAGUACAAGCUAACCGAGAAGGAAGCAAACGUCUUCGUCUGCUACGACGGCGAGCGGUGGAUCAUGACCUUCGAGGAAAGUCCGGAGCAGGGCAGCGAGUUCAACCGCAUCGCGCUGUCGGGGAAGACCGCGGUCAUCAACGUGACCGCCCUCAAGUCGUGGGGCAACAAGGGCGUGCGGUGCUACGACUACGAGCGCUACCACGCGCCCAACGAGCCGGAGGAGGGAAAAUUCACCGACGAGGACUUUCCGCCGGCCCUCGGCAGUCUGGCGAACGACACGAAGUGGGGCAGCGACGUGCAGUGGAUCCGGGCCUGCAACCUGCACCCGUGUGAACAGAUGGAGUUGUUCGACACGAUCCAGCCCACGGACGUGCGGCAGGGUGCGGUCGGGGACUGCUGGUUGAUGGCGGCCUUUGCGUCGCUGGCGGAAUUCCCGGGCUACCUGGAGGAGGUCACCUUCAAAGGCUUGAAUGCCCUCUCCGCGGAGAGCAAAUACGUGGUAUCAAAUGCUGCAAAAAUGUCUGGGUCUGGAAGAAUGCAGGGUUUGUCAUGCACAGCUAGCAUGGCUCUCAAGUCUGUCAUGCGCGCCACACAAAAGCCACAUUUCUCUGUCAUGCAGAAACGCAGUUUGUCAUGCAGAUAGGCAACACUCUAGCAGCUCCACAACUUGUCAUGCUUGGCUGUCAAUGAAGGCGUCCACAUGUUGAUUCGCCGAACAGCAUCACAAGUUUCCAGACCCAGACAUAUUUGCAUUUGAUACGUGGUGAAACUGUACAAUCCGUACGAGAAGGAGUGGGAGGACAUUGUGAUCGACGACUUCAUAUGCACUGCAAAUACAACGUCCGGGUCUGGAAUGUUCGAACUUGCAAUGCUGGUCUUACAUGACUGUAAAAUCUGUAUUGCAGCAUGACCAACAAAAGUCGCAGCCUCUUCAUGCAAAAUGAACUCAGCUUCUCAUGCAGGCAGCGCAUGAGAAAGCGUUUUGGACAAAAUUGUCAUGCUUGGCUGCCUUCGGAAGUGUUUCCAUCAUGUGCAUUUUAGCAUCACAAGUUUCCAGACCACCCAGAUCGACAAUAUUUGCAUUUGAUACUUCAUCCCCGUGGACGGCAACAAGGACGCGCUGUUCUGCAAGCCCGUGGGCCACGAGGUGUACAUGUGUCUGCUCGAAAAGGUAUCCUAUGUAAAAACGUCCCCACACCAGAGUCAAGAUGGGAAUUCUGCUAGACAAAUGCACCAGCUUUGGUUGCUGCGCAUGACAAGUUUGGCCUCGCAGUAUAGUCCUGUUCAGAAAGCCCCAGUAGCAUCACAGAUCUAGCGUAGCAUGCUGAUUCAAGCAUCACAAAUUUCAAAACACGACGAGAAGGCUCUUCUCAUAGGGCUCCGCAUGAGAAACAUUUUCACCAUGCAGAUUUGCAUGACAACUAUGGGGUGGGGACGUUUUUGCAUAGGAUAAAAGGCGUUUGCCAAGCGGUGGGGCGGCUACUUCAAGAUGAGCGGGGGGAACGCCAGCAACGGGUACGUGUCCUUGCUGGGGGGCAGUUGCAUCAAGUACAAAAAGCGGGACGACUACGAGGAAACGGGGAAGUGGCGGUCCAUCUAUCUCACCUUCGAUCCGGAGAGCGAGCGGACGUUCGAAGGGGACUGGUGGUGUAACAACGACGACUGCGACGUGACGGACGAGGGACUCUGGGCUUUGCUGCGGCAGUGGGACGAGGCUAACUACGUCUUCAACUGCUCCAUGCCGAACUCGAAAAAGGGUGAGGUCGAGGCCGAGCGGACGGACGGGUAGAUAUAAGUAGAAUGACCUGAUUGAGACGCGAGAUGCUGAGGCUGACUCACUUAUUCUGUAUGCUGAUCUAAAAAUUUCCUUCUCGCUCCUCAAGGUUACAUGUAGCAGCACCAAACUUUUCUUUCUAAAAGCGCUUUCGAAAGAAAAAAACCCACGUGAUUAUCACAUAUCAGGUUGAUCGAGGGCCACGCGUAUUCGUUCCUCGGUGCCUACGAAGUUCCAGAGCUAAACUUGAAGCUGGUGUGCCUGCGCAACCCGUGGGGCCGCUGCGAGUGGUAUGGAUUGCAAAAAUGUCUGGGUCUGGAAACUUGUAAUGCUGCGUUGGGAAUAAUGAAUGCUCUGUGAUGCACAGCCAAGUACGAGAAAUAUCUGCGCUUCUUUGUGUUCCGUUUUUCGCAUGACAAACUGCGUUUUUGCAUGACAGGCAAAAGGGUCUCUUCUUGGACACGCAUCACAAACUUUUUGGUCAUGCUCAUGCCAGACAAGCAUAACAAAUCUCGCAAUCUUCCAGACCCAGACAUUUCUGCAUUUGAUAAGUGGAACGGGGACUGGUCGGAUGCUUCCCCCAUCUGGGACUCCGUCGACAGCGCGCAGCUGGAACAGGCCGGCGUGCGGCGCGUGAAGGCCGAGGACGGUGCCUUUUUCAUGACGUUCGAAGACUGGAAAAACUGCUACACCUAUGAUCCCGGCAAAGAUAGCCUCUCUCUUGCGUAGUACUAGCCUGCGUUGCAUGAGAAAUAAAAAUCGGCCUGCCCUUAGUUACAAACCGUUAUAGCUUUUGCUUGUUAAGGGUAACAUUUUCGCAUGCACAAGAAGUAUGCUACGCUAGAGAGGACUUUUGUCUCGCGAUAACACCCGGGUGGGGGUCUGCCAGUUGUCUGUGUCGCAUGGGAAACGAUCCGCUGCUGAGGGAUUCACCAAGCGCGGGUGA